AUCUGCAAGGAUGUGAAUAAAGUUUGACCAUUUCUUACUUAGCCCCUUGGUGGUGGAGAUGACGGUGUGUGUAGAAUCAGCGACUAACAGUUGGGGUGUAGGAAUAUAAUAUAUGAAUAUACAAGCUGGAUCAUGAUUUGGGUGGACAACAUUCAUCAUAGAUGUGCAUUAUUCUGUGAAUACUCUUGAUUGGGAGUUAAUGAGGGAUCAGGUAUAUUCUUCUGCAAAUGAUUUUUCAUGUCUUUGCAUGAGCAGAUUAGCCGGAGGCAGACAAUGUAAUCAUCAUUAUUGGAUCAUGUUGAAAAGAGGGCAGACGCUAUUGGAGAGAGAGACUAGUGAUUCAGAUGCUCUCAGCAUUAUGUAUAAAGCAACAGAUGAUCAGUGUACAUGUACCUGGAGUGUGCAAAACAGACAUCAUUAGUGCCUAAUGACGUGAUCAUAAACUCUAAAACACAAAUAUUUACAAGCUUAUCUUGACACCAAACAUUCCAUUGGAUCUCCAUAGAGGAUUUUUCUACUUAACUCUUUCAGUAUCGAAUGUGAAAAUGUUCACCCAUCUCCAUAGAAAUGAUAUGUGAUGCAGUAAUAGAAAGGUUAAGCUGUAGCUGCAGAGUUCACUGAGAAGUUGGAUAGCCUCCAGGGAAGGAUAAAAAGGGGGUGAAGGUGAACCCUCACCAUGUCUUUCUUUUGCGUGGUGAGCUCCUCAGGAGAGGAGAAGCAGGUUCGUCUGCGGCAGGUGAUGCAGGAAAGCAAUGGACAGGAGGGUAAAGACUCUCUCUGUUUGAAUGAUGCACAUGGGAGAUUCUCAAAGGGUGAUGGGUCACCUUCAAACAGAGAAACACCUGUCAUUGGUGGCAGCGGUGGGAUUUGUAAGACGCGAUACAACCAUCCCUCAAUGGUUGUAAAAGAACCAGAGGAGAGAUAUAGAUCAGAGAUAAGACUUAGUACAGGGCCAAUGCAGCAAGAGCCGCAAUCAAGUAGUAUGCACUGGAACAACGAUUACAAUCCAUCGGACAGUGCAAACCUGAGAAAGAAACUGCAAGAGCUCACCGCAACAUCUAAUGGAAAUCAGCGAAGGAAGGAAUUUAGCCGAUCUAAGGAAGUGUAUGGAAGGCUUUCACAAUCAACUACAGGUAAUUCUGGAUUGGAUGUGGUGUAUGGAGCAAAGGCAUUUCCAUUUAGCGACCCAAUUGCUCUUGAGCAAAGCACUGGUGCAACAGAGCAGGCUUUGAGAGAGGGAAGGCAUCCUUCACUGCACCCAGCAGCAAGAAAUAACCAAAAGAUGAAAGGUGAUACAUUAAGGAAGACCCCAGAUUCGAACAAGGUAGGACAGCUUAGACAUCGCUGGGAGAUACUUACCACAAAUGAUCCUCUGCCAAAGCAGCAGGUUACAGCAGCAACACCAAGUGGUCGAGGUAAUGGAGAUGUUCCCAGGAGAAGGUUGGCAAGUGAUGAACAGAAACAUGAAAGGCCUGUACUGCCACCUAAAACAAAGCCCAGACCUAAGAAGAAUGUUAGGGAACGUUCAGAGGCAUUCAUUGAAUGCAACCAACUUCCUCCCCGAGGUGCGCAAGAUUAUGGUGUGUCUUCUGCUUCUACUCCGCAGGGGAAAAUGGAAGUGAACCCCGUGCAGCAACGCUUAAACCUGCACAAGGUGUACAAAAAGAGAGAAGAUUCUGGACUCAGCAGUGCCUGCAGUACUAUCAGCCUUGAGAAUUUCCCUGUCCAUAACUACUCUCACAACUUACCUCCUAAUGCCAGUGAUCGAAGAGUCAAUUACGCUUCAAAGAAAUUUAACCAGCUCCCCAAUGUCGAUUCAACUACCCAAGAUGCCUUGCCAAGACCAAAAACCCAAGUUGCCUUCUCAGAUGUUAAUACAUCACAUUCCACAUUGAAACCUGAGGUGGUACAGAAACAGCAAAGGCUGGAGGAAGAACAUUUCCAGCCUGAUGAAAUCAUUCAUGAAAAUUAUUCCAGGGGAUAUAUCUCGAGCCAUAAACAUUUCCAUCCAGAACAGAUCAUUGAAGAAAAUAUCUCUUCUGAAGAAUUUUCUAGUGUAAAAAAAGAAGAUCAGUUUGGGGCAAGCCAUUUGAAUGUGAAUUCUAGGAAUAACUUGCAUGGUGAAAGGGAAAUCCUAAAGGAUCAGAAUUCUAAUGAAUGUGAAAGAUUAAGCUCAUCAGCAGCAUUGAAGACAGAGAUCUUUUUCCGUCCAGGAGCUCUGGUUCAGCUAGAAGACAAGAGAGAUAGACAAUUAUCAGAUACCAUCACCAGGUUUCAAGCUCAUUGUAGAGGGUUCCUAGCAAGAGAGAAUGUAAAACAACUGAAGGUCCAAAAGCUGGCUUUAACUUGCAUCCAAAGAAAUGUACGUAAGUUCCUGGCAGUGAAGAAUUGGCCGUGGUGGCGUCUUGUGACCAAAGUACUACCCCUCCUUGAUGUACACAGAACAGAAGAAGAACUCAAGAUGAAAGAUUUGGAGUUAGAGCAGCUGAGAGUCAAAGUGGCCAAGAUGGAGACAGAAAGGAAUACACUCAAACAGAAUGUGGACAAGCUAGAUUCAAGGGUAACGGAGAUGACAGCUGACUUGUCUGAGGAGCACACAGCAGCUAACCACGCCUCGGAGAUGCUGGAGGUAGAAACAGCAGAGAGAUUACGGCUGGAGAAAGAGCUUAAAGAAAUACGGUCCAAUUACAAUGCUCUCCAAAGGAAAUCAGAGAAAAUGGAGAUGGAAUUGAUGGAACAUCGUAUGGUCAGGUCAUCUAUUAUUGAAGCAGACAUGAGCAGUGAUGAUGAAGCUGACUCGAUGUAUAGACUGAAAUACAUGCAGCUGAGGAAGGAGAUGGAACUGGGUAAAAAACGACUUCAGCAGGACCACGAAGAAGAAUUGGAGAAACUCAUCUCCAACAGGAAAUCAGUUGAAAAAAAGUUUUUAGAGGCAUCAGAGGAGGCCGAGGAGUACAAACGCCAGCUGAACAACUUCAAGAGACGAUCUCAGAAGUUGGCUGAAGAAUCUCAGGAUAUGAAAUUACACCUUGAAUCACAACAGACCAGGAACUCAGACCUGGAAAAGAAACAGAGAAAGUUUGAUGCUGAAUUAGCCAAAGUUCAUCAAGAUCUACAGCAUGAGAAGACGGCCAAGGAUAGGCUCCAGAGAGAGAAAGGAAAACUUGAAGGAGAGAAUUACAUCGUUUCACAACAACUCGAGGAUCUGAAGUUAGAUAUGAAAGUGAAGGAGGAGAAGAUAGAUGUGCUGAAGAGUGAAAUGGAUGAUCUCUCGUCUCACGGGAGCAUGGAAGUCAUGGAGGUGACUGGUCUCAAGAGAGCCAAGAGAGACCUGGAGACUAAGCUCCAGGACCAGGAGGAGGAGCUAGAUGAUCAAGCUGGACAGAUCCAACAGUUAGAACAGGUAAGGACAUUGCAAAUUAGACCAAACAUGGACUCAGCCCAUGUGGUAUUGAAAUAUCUGAGAAUUAGACCAACUGUUGGUUGACCAAGUGAAUAUUAACUGGACAUGGACCCUGAUUAACUGUUUAAUCCAAAAGUGAGUCUAGAUAGAAGCCCAGCUCAAGUUCCAGUUUGCGGUGUAGGGAAGCUACAAUACACCGUUCGCUUCCAGUUAUCUGAAAAUAUAGCUGGUUUUUACGAACCAGGGUCUUGUGUCAGGGUCCUCUAGGAGAGAAUGUUGUACAGUCAAUCUUAGCCCAGAUUCAUUAACCAAUUGCCCUCUGGACUCGGCUGGUCGCUGCACAAAGCCUAUGGGAGUUACAGAAUUCAGUAGUCGGUUGGUUACCCCACACAUGCUUUAGACCACCUACCUCUAUCUGUAUAGGCCAAAUUUUUUUCCUGCUUGGAAUAUUGCUUCUGCAUGGAUUCCACUUCUCAGUCUGAUUGUUUACUAUGAAAAUUGUAUUGAUGUGACUGAACUAAAACAAUUCUAUUGGUUGUCUAAAACAUAUUUGUGUCUUGUGUGAAUUGUCAAUUUUAUAUUGUUAAGAUAAGAUAAGAUAAGAUAUUUAUUCGUCUUUCUUUCUGCACAUACAUUUUAUCUUACAAGUAUGAUUUCACAUUCUACAAAUGAAAAAAAAUCAAUUAACCAUAAAUCAUUGUUACAGUAGAAAAAAAGAAACAUAGCAACUAACUAAACGUAUUGAGAGAAAGACAAGGAGAACCCCUGAAAAAGCAAGGCUUGUAAGGCUAGGGUCUCCUUUGUUUCAAGUACAUGACUGAAUAGUAUUCAGUGUUGACAUCUAAUAUCUUUAAAAAUACAAAAGAAACAAAAAAAAAUGCAACAAUUAAACAAAAAAGACAAACUGAAACUAAUCAAUGACAAAAAACACACACUAAUAGAAUACAUUGCUUGAAUGUACAGUUAUGAAGUCUAAUAAACUAACAACAAUAUGAUAUAAUUAAGUGAUAUAUGAUGGAAGAGGAAAUAAGUAUGGAUAACAUGGCAUGAAAAAAAGAGGAUGAUCGUAUGUAUAAAUAAUAAUAGUAAAGU